AUGAAAUAUCUCAUUGAGGUUAACAAAAAUACUUUCGAGACGAUGACUGCGGUUAUGACUAGAGACCACACCUGCCGGACCGACGUAAAUUGGAAUGGUUUUAUUGAAGCUAUGCGGUCGAUAGGAUUUAGAGUUACCGGCAUUACUGGCUCCAAGUUCCGUUUCGAUCCUCCCGCCAUUAUGCAACGUCGGACAAUCGUGAUCCAUGAUCCUCACACUCCAGCUCUUGACAAAGACCAGCUACGCUGGCUGCGAAAGAAAUUGGUCAAAAAUUAUGAUUGGAGCGAGGAAAGUUUUGUUAGAAGAUCGGACGAAGAAGAAGGCGGUAUUAAGAUUGUUUGA